CCCCGCCACUUUCCUAGAGGAGAGAGAGAGGCGGGCUGCUGGGCUUGGCGACAGGGUUUUCUAUCCCAAUCAAACUUGCGUCGUCUGGAUGCUCGGUGGUGGGCAACAGCGUGCUAGCAUCUAUCCAAACUCUUGGCGGGAGGAGUACGUCGGACCAAGGAUGUCGAAACUCUUGACAAUACGCUGGAAGAGAGUGGAAGAGAGUGGGAGGGAGCAGGAGAAGAAGAGAGGGGUUGAGGGAAGUUGAGGGGGGGCCGGAGACGGCACAACUAUUUAAAUCGAUACCUUUCCUAGACGAGGACUAGAGUGGAAGACGAAAACCAACCUGCCUGCCUUUCUCCCUCACUCACUCCCUCACCCAGCCUACCGAAGAUGCGUGUCUCCCCCGCCAUCCUUCUAGGCCUCAUGGCUGGCCCUGUGGCCGCCGGGUGUCCCUAUUCCAAGGCCAGGCGUGCUGCUGCUGAUGAGAACCCCGUCAUUCCUCGGGGAUGCCCGUACGCUGAGCGUUCUGUGGACGCAGGCUCUUCCCAGGCGUACACACGUCGUGAGGCUGUCGACGGCAAGAAGGGCAUCUUCUACAUGAACCGUAUCGGACCCAUGGGAUCCCAGCUAUACAUUGCUGAUGCCGACGGCAGUAACAACAAGACGCUGAUGGGAGAUCAGUCGAAUCCGUUUGACUACCAUGCCUCGUGGUCGCCCGACGGCGAAUGGAUUGUCUUUACUAGCGAGCGCCGGGCGUUCGGUCAAUCCGAUAUCUACCGCAUCAAGCCUGACGGAACCGGGUUGGAGGCCCUGGUCCAGACGGACUGGAUCGAAGAUGCCGGCUCCCUCUCGCCGGAUGGCACCAAGUUGGCCUACGUGUCCAUGAUGGGCAACUACACCACCAACAUCUGGGUCAAGGACCUUGAGACGGGCGAGUCCCGUAACUUGACUGAUACUGCCUCGACCCGCAGCAAUAAUGUCUGGCCAAGCGGCCAUUUCCGCCCCUCCUGGUCCCCCGAUGGCGAGUGGAUUGCCUUCAGUUCGGAUCGGGACACCGACUGGACAGGCCACAGCGAGGGCGUGGGCUGGGAGCAUACCCAGAGCCUGGGUGUCUAUAUUAUUCGCGCCGAUGGCAGCGAUUUCCGUCUGAUCAUCCGCGAGGAAGGCUAUUCGCUUACCACCCCCCGGUGGUCUCCUGAUGGCAGCCUGAUCAUCUACUCAAAUCUGACAACAGAAGACACAUAUGAUGCUCACGGUGAGACGGGCAUGCAGGCCGGCGUGACCUCGCAGAUCUACAGUGUGGACGUGUCGACGGGCAGCGACGUUGUCCAGCUGACGACGGCCGAUUACCUCAAAGUCAACCAGCAGUACAUCGGUAACAGCAGCAAUAUCGGUUACGUCCUCAAAGGCGACGUUCCCGACCAGGGCAUCGGCUACACGAGCCCUGACGCGACGCACGCCGCCUUCAAUGUCACCAACCUGCGCAACGCCUGGUGGUCACCCGACGGGUCCAAGGUCAUCUAUGAGGUGCCCAACUGGGACCAGUUCCCCGGCGAGACGGCGCUCUACAGCUUCGACGAUGAAUGGGACUACCGAUACAUGGACGUGUUCCCCAUACUGAACGAUAAAGCCGUUCGCAUGGCUAUCACACAGAAAGUGCUUGGUGAUGCCAACAGCUCGCUCGUCACCUCUUCGCCCGAGUACACCGACCUGGUCGACACCCUCGACGCCGUCGAUCUCGCCGACGAUCUUGACUGGGAAGGCGCUGCUGCCUACCAGCCCUCGUGGAACCCAGACGGUACCGAACUGGUCGUAGGCUUCGGCGGCUGGUUCGAGACCCGCGCCGAAAGCCCCGGCGCCAUCUUCCAGGUCCUUGCCAACGGUUCUUCCUACACCAACCUGACUGACGGCGUUAACAACGCUGGCUUCCCCUCCUGGUCCCCGGAUGGCACCGCCAUCGUCUACCGCCUCUGGAACACCACCUCGGGCGACCCCGUUGGCCUGCAUAUUUUGAACUUCACCACGGGCGAGACCACCCGCAUCACAGACGGCUGGGACAACACCCCCGGCUGGUCGCCGGACGGGGAGCGCAUCGUCUUCACCCGCAACAACAACUGGACCGAAGCCUACGGUGACCGCUGGUACGACGACCGCUUCGAUAUCUACACCAUUCGCCCUGAUGGUACCGAGCUCACCCGCUUAACCGACAGUUUGGCAAAUGAUGCUCAUGCCGUCUGGUCCCACGAUGGCUACGUCCUAUGGAACUCGGGAAUGUACGGCUUCCAGGACGAAUGCCAGAUGUACGACAACACGUUCCAGCCGUACGGGAUGAUCUUGAAGAUGAAGUAUGAUGGGUCGGAGAAGACGGUGCUGACGGCGUCCAUCUGGGAGGAUGCGAUGCCCUUGUUUGUGCCUAAUAAGUAUCUGGAAUAGGUAGCUGAGCAAAGGAGCAACAGUGAUGCACUGGAAUUUUAGUGUUCAAGAGGGGAUGCAUCUCUUAGACAGAGUAUUCCUAGUAAGCUAC